AUGGUAGCUUGUCAUUUUUUUUUCCAGUUACAUCUUCUGAGAAUUGACUGCAUUAAAAAAAUAUAUAUCAAUAAUGUCACUGAAUUUAUUCUGUUGGGACUUUCUCAGAACAAGAAAAUUAAAAGUUUGUGCUGUCUAUUAUUAUUAUUUUGUUACAUAGCUAUUUGGAUGGGAAACUCGCUCAUAAUCUUUUCCAUCACUUGCAGUCAGCUAAUAGGUCAACCCAUGUACUUCUUUCUUAAUUACCUUGCUCUCUCAGACUUGUGUUAUACCUCAACGGUGACACCCAAGCUGGUCACGGGCUUACUGGAAGAAAGGAACAUGAUCUCUUAUAUUAGCUGCAUGGCACAGCUUUUUGCUAUGCAUUUCUUUGGGGGGAUUGAGGUCUUAAUCCUCACAGUGAUGGCCUAUGACUGCUACGUGGCCAUCUGCAAGCCCCUGCACUACACUGUCAUCAUGAGCAGGAGGAGGUGUUAUGUAUUGGUCUUUGUUUGCUGUACUGGGGCAUUUCUGCAUUCAUUUAUGCAAUGUCUCCUCACUAUCAGUCUACCUUUCUGCGGCCCCAAUGAGAUAGAUCACUACUUCUGCGAUGUCUAUUCUUUACUGAAACUGGCCUUCACUGACACAUACAGCGUCGGGAUCCUGGUUGUUGCCAAUUCAGGCAUGAUGGGUUUGGUGAAUUUUGUUGUCUUGAUGCUGUCUUAUUUCUUCAUUUUGUACACCAUCAGGGUUUACCCAGCUGAAAGCCGCAGCAAAGCUCUUUCCACGUGCAGUUCUUACGUAGCAGUUGUGGUUCUAUUCUUUGUGCCUGUCCUGUUUAUUUACAUUAGACCAGUGUCCAUUUUUCCAGAAGAUAAAGUGUUUGCUCUUUUCUACACCAUCAUUGCCCCCAUGUUCAACCCUCUGGUCUACACUCUGAGAAACAUGGAGAUGAAGAAUGCAUUGAGGAAAGUUUGGUGUCAGAAUCCAUUUUUGAUUGGAAGGCAAUUGGCCUGAAGGCUACAUAUACUCCCCAUUACACACUUUCCAAGUGAGUUAAAUGCUAGGCUGGUAAACAAUAACAGGUCGGUGGUUUGUACCCAUAAGCCACUCCAUGGGAAGAAGAUGUGGCAGUCUGAUUCCAUAAAGAUUACAGGCUUGGAAAGCUGAUGGGGCAGUUCUACUCUGCCCUAUAGGGUCAGUAUAUGUCAGAAUCGACUCAAAGUUACCAGUUUUGUUUAAGGUUAUAUGGCCUCUUAUUCUGUCUGCAUUUCCCUUCAAAAAUGGAAUAUCAGAGAUUUAGAAUCUUUUUUUUUUCACUCAACACAUUCUUUUCCAUAUUCACUGUAAAAAGGCUAAAAAAAUAAAAAUGUAUGUGGGAUCUAAACAAUAAAAUAUUGUAAGAAAUAAUGACUAUAUAGAAAAAUUGAAAGUGUUUUUCUAACAUAACUUUGAUGAUAAAAUAAGUAUUGUGCUUAGAAAAGUAACUACAUAAAAUUGUUUUUAAAAUAUUUUUAUCAUUAAUAUUUGCAAAUUAACUUUUGUAAAAUAAUA